AACAAAUAAGCUUUCUAGCGUUCUCGGCGCGCCGCCUUGGUAUAUCUUCGACAUCUGCUGUGCCUCCUCCCUUCACUCCUCUUCCUACCCACCCUCCGAUUCAAGGCUCAUCGGCAUCGCGUUCGCUCAACCCCCGCCUGCGCUGUAGCGGCUGUGCCGCAAACAUGUCGUCCGACAAGGAGAAGGAAAACAAGCUUGUGGCAUCGCCUGCACCAGCGCCAGCAUCUGCAAAUGGCGAGGCCGUCACCCAAGCGUCAACGGCCAAAGAUGUCAAGAAAGGCGAUGUCGACGUUGUUUACCCCACGGGGCUCAAACUGGCGCUCAUUAUGACAUCGAUUUUCAUUGGCAUGUUUUUGGUGUCACUUGAUCGUCUCAUCAUCUCAACCGCCAUCCCGCAGAUCACCAACGAAUUCAACUCGGCCGACGAUAUUGGCUGGUAUGGCACUGCCUACUUGAUCACCAACUGCGCCUUUCAACUGGUGUUUGGGAAGGUCUACUCGGUCUUCAGCAUAAAGGGCACUUUUCUAACGUCGAUUUUAUUGUUUGAGGUUGGCUCUGCCCUCUGCGGUGCCGCACCGAACUCGAUCGCAUUCAUCAUCGGUCGAGCAAUCGCUGGCCUGGGAUCGGGUGGUAUUAUGUCCGGAGUGAUUGUAGUCAUUGUCUACUCCCUCCCACUUCACAAACGUCCCAAGUAUCAGGGCUUCUUUGGUGCAGUAUUUGGCAUCGCAUCGGUGACGGGACCCCUUGUCGGUGGUGCCUUCACGACGCGCGUCACCUGGCGAUGGUCCUUCUACAUUAAUCUGCCCAUUGGAGCCGUGGUUGCCGUUGUCAUCUUCUUCAUGCUCAAUAUUCCCGACCGUCCGGACACCAAGAAGCCGCUCAAGGAGAAGCUGAAGCAGCUUAAUGCGUUGGGCAUGUUUGCUCUCGUUCCGGGCGUGGUUUGUUUGUGUCUGGCGCUGCAGUGGGGUGGGACUGCCUAUGCCUGGAGUGAGGGCAGGGUUGUGGCAUUGCUUGUUCUUGGUCCCUUACUCUUAGUCGUUUUUGGUAUAGUCCAAGUCUGGAAGCCGGAACAAGCAAUUCUUAGGCCCCGUAUCUUCAUCCAGCGAAGCAUUGCCUCCGGAUUCUGGGUGAGCUCCUGCAUCGGUGCCCACCAAACCAUCUUCGUCUAUUACCUACCGGUCUGGUUCCAAGCGAUUGACGGCGUCAGCGCGGUAGCAUCUGGUAUCCGCCUGCUUCCUAUGAUCCUCCCGAUCGUCAUCGCAUCCCUCAUUGUCGGCCAGCUCGUCUCAAAAGUGGGCUACUACACACCAUUCCUCAUCUUUGGCGCCUGUCUUACUGCCAUCGGCGCUGGCCUCCUUACGACACUCGACGUGAAUACGUCCGAAGGCAAAUGGAUCGGAUACCAAAUCAUCUACGGUCUGGGUCUCGGCUCCUGUUCCCAAGCACCCAACAUGGCCGCGCAAACGGUCCUUCCCAAGCCCGACGUGGCCAUUGGCGCCUCGCUCAUGUUCUUCGGCCAGCAACUCUUCGGCGCCGUCUUCAUCUCCGUCGGCCAAAACGUCUUCUUCAACCACCUCGCUACCAAGCUCAUGGGGAUCCCAGGCACCAACCCCCAUGCGAUUGAAGACACCGGUGCCACGGACCUGCUCAACCGCAUCCCCGAGCAGUUCCGCGCCAGGGGUCUGCAUGCCUACAACGACUCGUUGCGUGUCUGUUUCCAAGUCGGCGCGAUAAUGGCCUGUCUUUCCGUCCUCGGAGCUUUCACCAUGGAGUGGCGCACCGUGAAGAAAAACCUUCCCCUGAAGAACGCGGACGGCAAGAAGGCCGCCGAAGAAGGAAAAGCGAACCCACCGGUAGAAAAGAACAUCCCGAAAACAGAAGCUGGACCCAUCAAGACAGAAGCCUCGCAAACCGAACAAGGCACCACUACAUCCCCAGGUGCAAUCGCCGAUAAAGUCGGGACCACCCAAGGCGACUCUGCCGCGAAACCCGUCGCGGCGAGCGCGUCGGCCUAAGAGCCCGUCGCCCCGUCAAACGACACCUUAUUAAUCGAGCGUCGUUGAAGCGGGGAAGACGUUAAAAAAAAAAAAGAAAAGAGUUCUCUUCGGCGUGGGAGGACCAAAUUGCCAUUUGAAAUCCCUUUUGUACUAAUAGCGCGAUAUAGAAGCCGCAGAGAACACUCCACUCAUAAUGGUGCCUGUGUUAUAAUAAUGCAGACUAUACAUUGAAAUG